GGUCUCCUUCUGACGCUUUGUGGGGCUCCCUUUUCAAACUUGGCGCGUCUCUUUGAAGUCAUUCCUCGCCGUCUUGCCAAGAUGAGCAGCGUCCCCGCCUGGCUGAACAGCAGCAGCUUUAGCCCUCGGGCGCGAUCGCCCCCCGAAACGCCCCCCGAAACGCCCCCCCCGCCACGGCCCCCCUUGGUGGAGGCGUUGGUCGAGAGAGCCGACCCGCUGAUGCAAGCUGGCAGCAGCGGGCAGCAAGAGGAGGCGACGUCGCACGACGUCAGCAGGAGCGAGAGCUCGAGGGCCGAACAAUUGCAGGCGGAGUUGGAGAAGCCGCGCAUUGACCUAAACGCCUUGCGCCAAUUGGCUACUCAAGGGAUUCCAGACAGUGGUGGCAUACGGGCUGUGGUUUGGAAGCUCCUCCUUGGUUAUCUCCCCCGGAUCCGCAGCCAGUGGGAAGAAGAGCUCGCAAAAAAGCGGGAGCAAUACGCGCAGUUCUCGCAGGAACUGAUUGUCAACCCCAGCGAAAAGUCGCGCGCUUCGGAAGCUUCAGACGGCGACCUCCCUUCCGGGGGGGAGCUUCGGCGGGAGUCGGUAGAGGGGGACCAUCCCCUGGCGAGCGGCCAAGCGAGCGUAUGGCACCAGUUCUUCCAGGACACAGAACUGUGGGAGCAGAUCGACCGGGACGUCAAACGGACACACCCGGACCUGCCGUUCUUCAACGGCGCAGACGGGGGCUCGAACGAAAACCAGGGGGCCCUGGGCCGAAUCCUGUUUAUCUUCGCGAAGCUGAACCCGGGCAUCAAGUACGUCCAAGGAAUGAACGAAGUCCUGGCCCCGCUCUUGUACAUCUUCCGAACGGACCCAGACGACAAGAAUAAGGAGCACGCUGAGGCGGACGCGUUCUUCUGCUUCGUGGAGCUGCUGAGCGACUUCCGGGACCACUUUUGUCAGCAGCUGGACAACAGCGAGGUCGGCAUCCGGGCCACCAUAACCCGCCUCUCUAACCUGCUCAAACAGCGCGACGAGGAGCUUUGGUUGCACCUCAACGUCAAGAUACAGAUCAACCCGCAGUUCUACGCCUUCCGUUGGAUAACCCUCCUCCUAACCCAAGAGUUUGACUUUCCGGACUGCCUGCGAUUAUGGGACACGCUUUUGAGCAACAAGGACGGUCCCCUGGAGAUCCUUCUUCGGCUCUGCUGCGCCAUGGUAAUCUGCAUUCGGACGCGCCUCCUGGGUGGAGACUUUACGGACAACCUUAAACUUCUUCAAAACUACCCCUCCACGGAUAUAGACGGCAUCAUUGUAACUGCUGACCGGUUAAGACUAUAACACAUCAAAAGACGUCCGCUUCCUUAUACAGUAGACCGCGUCACACAGUCAUUCCCAAUACAGCUCGCGAGGCACAGAUAUUAAUCAUCUUGCGAGGAUCCAUAAGUGCGUGUG